GUGGGGGCGGUCGCGGAGGCUGAAAGAGAGACGUCAGACGAGAGAGAAAGGAGAAGAAGCAGCCCCCCGAAGAAGAAGAAGAAGACGACGACGAUUGAUGUGUGCCCACAACUUGGCUUUUCUGAUUAAUACCAUCCGCAUCCAGUCCAUGGCCUAAUCCCGGGUUCGGUUUUACACCCGUUUCCAUCCUCCACGUCACUUCCCUUCUCCCCCAUUCCCUUCCUUCCCCUCUCGUUUGUUCAGCUACUCUCCCUCAGUCCCUCUCUCGAACAGACACUGCUUCCGGAUAAGAAACAGGUAGUUGAGGGAUUGGAGGAGGUAGGAAACUAGAGCUGGAAGAGGUAGGUAGGAAGAAAGUUUUGUUGUUUGUUUGUCUCUCGAGUUUUUGCCCAUUUGUCAAGAACCGAAUUUGGCUUGAUUUCAUUGUUGUUGUUGUUGGUUUGGGAACUGGGUAUUAAAGGAAGUUUAAGUGGGUAAAAAUAAUGCUUCUGCAACUUGGAGUUGGUUGUGAAGAGGAAAUUUCUGUUCCCACUUUCCCUUUUGUUUGUUUGUAUUGAUUGAUUGAUUUGGUUUUUGAUCAAUUAGUUUCACAUCCGCACUCCCAUUUUCUGCGCUACUGCUGAGUGGCAGCCACUUAGCUCCAGUUGACUGCAACCAGCAUUCAAGUUCCCCUUUGAUCUUUCCUCACUGGAGGCUUCUGAGUAGAGUGCUGCCCUAUAUAGUCACCCAACAGCAUUAUUCAAACAAGAAAAAGCUCAAGUUCUUAACAUUGAUCAUAUCCAAAUCUCUUUCUCUUGCCCUCUCUAAGAUGGAGGGAAAUUCUAGCGGCGGAGGCAGCAGUGUUGGUGGAGGAGGGGUAGCAGCAGCAGCGGCAGUGGUGACACCAGGAGCUGCUGGUGUUGUAGGUGGAGGAGGGAAUGAUGUUGAGCUCAUGUGCAAGACUCUUCAAGUUGAACACAAGCUAUUCUAUUUUGAUCUCAAGGAGAACCCAAGAGGCCGGUACUUGAAGAUAUCUGAGAAGACAUCAUCCACCAGGUCUACUAUCAUUGUUCCUUCCUCUGGGAUUUCCUGGUUCUUGGACCUCUUCAAUUACUAUGUCAAUUCUGAUGAGCAUGACCUCUUCAGCAAGGAAUUACAGCAGGUGUUUUAUUUUGACAUUGGGGAAAACAGAAGGGGACGUUUUCUCAAGGUCUCAGAAGCUUCUGUUAGUAGAAACCGCAGUACUAUCAUUGUUCCUGCUGGAACUUCUAGGGAUGAAGGCUGGGCUUCUUUUAGGAACAUCUUGGCAGAUAUUAAUGAAGCUUCAAGGCUUUACAUGCUGUCCAAUCAGCAAAAUUCUGAAUCCUCGGAGCGCCUAGUUGGACUUUCUGAUGAUGUAGGCGCUGGAUUUAUAUCUGGGCACAGCACCCAACAGCCUGCUCCUCCAACUUCUGAGUUAAAUGUAGACCGGGCAGUUGACCUGCCGACACAGGAUGAGAUUGGUAACCUGGGAGUGUCAAAGGUUAUCCGAGUUGAUCAGAAAAGAUUCUUCUUCGAUCUCGGGAGUAAUAACAGAGGCCAUUUCUUGAGGAUCUCUGAGGUUGCUGGUUCUGAUAGGUCCUCCAUAAUUCUUCCACUCUCUGGGCUGAAGCAGUUUCAUGAGAUAGUGGGUCAUUUUGUGGAGAUCACCAAAGAUCGAAUUGAAGGAAUGGGGAGCGCCAACGUCCGAACUGUAGAUCCACCUCAAAGAUGAAUGUGUUUCCAUGUGAUGGGUGUGUUUGUGAAAGGAGAAUAAAUGCUGAAGAUGGCUUCUUUUGAUGGCAAGGGAACAUAAUGUAUUGGGAUUCUUCUGGGAUUGUGGUUGGUUCCUUUUGUUUUUUUGGUGUUGCAGGAUGGAUGUAAAUCCAUUGGCUCCUGCUACUGGUUCUUGCUGUCAAAUAGGGUAAAAUCUGAUGAUUUUUUUUUACUUGGGUUCUGAAUUUUACUUUUGGUCACAGCUUGUGAAAACAAUAAAGGGUGAAUUCCAAUUGCAAAUAUUCCUGCAUUUUGCUUUUGCAACUUUCCCCUGCUGUUUCAGAAGCUAUUUAUCUAUCAAAGAUAACCGAGUAGAAAACGAUUUCAUGUCAGCACCCUCAGAUAGCCAGACAUUAGCAUAGAGCUCAAUUUG